GACUUGGAGGACCCUGUGGUCCUCAUUGUCGCCAGCUCAGCCUACCUGAGGGCGUCAUCCAUCUUAAACCACUCCAACACGAUCCUAGUCGAGGACUUGGAGGACCCUGUGGUCCAUAUUGAAACACUUUGUUUUGUUCAAGCUGCGAGCAGCAGCCGGGCCAAUCAGCCCUCGAUGUGGGUAGACAUGCGAAUGGGUGCGGUGCACGUCGCCCUUUCUGCACAGCCAGCUCGCGCAGAGCAGGCAGAGAGGCACGAUCAGUGCUUCGACCCGCAUGCCAAUAUUGAACACAUCUGUGCUCACAUCGGCUCAACGCACUGCGCCACCAGCAGAGGCGGCCGCAGCACGCUAGCGGCGGCCAAGGCAUCUGGAGCGGCCGAGUGGCUGCCACGUUUGGUGGAGAAGGACCUGACAGACCCACCUACACUCCUUCAACAUCCCACAGUGGUUUUGGAGACUGGCAUGCCGCCCGAGGUCUGGCGUGUCUUCCAGGACAGUCUCCGACAGCAGGAUGGCGCAACGCCACAAAACGCCAUCACAGACACGGAAAGCCGGGCUGCCUCACACAGAGGAGCCGCACCCAUUGCACCACCUCGAGACCUGGUUGCGUUUCUGACAGCCAUUCACGGACCACAGAAGGGGAGAGUGACCAGCCAGCUGGACGCUUGCGACAUCUCCGCCGUGGACACGACCAACAUCCAGUUAUGGACGCGUGAUCGCCGAGCCACAUACCACAUGAUUGUAGUGGGCAGUCAGUUUCUCACGACCACCGAUGAACUGUGGGCCACUUCUCGGUCACACAUACAGCUCGAUGGCUCUCGGAACGUAGUGACCUGGACACUCCCCACUGGACCGCCGGAGACACAGGCAAUCACCGUUGACGUGUCCUUGGGGUGCAGAUGCCCAAUCAUGGGACAGCGGCUGUGCCCUUACCACAACAUGGUGGAGCUGCUGAACCUCACAGAUUCGAAAGGAGAGACAGAUCGGCCAUUCGCCCACAUGGGGGCCCAAAACCCCGCCGACCUCCUCAAGAACAUCGCCCACAUGUUGGAGAGUUCCAGGACCUCAGAGCAGCCAGUCCAGACGGAGCCACCUUCAGGUUGUCUCCGCGCCACAGGCGCACGUUUCUUGAGACGACUAGGUCUCAGCCCAACACUCAUCACACAACUCGCUCGUUGGGACAGUGACACGAUUUUGGGCGCCUUGGAUUGCAUCCAGCUUAGCGCCGAUGUCGUCCAGCAGAGGACUGGCGACUCUCCGGGUGACAGCGAUGCAGAGAUAGAGGCCCUGAAAGCCGGCAUCCAGGCUGAUAUCUUGUCAAUGGCACACCAUUGCCAUCAAAUGAUCCGAGAGACCACAGCCCUCAACCGGGCCUGGUUGGCAACCGCAGAAGAGAAGCAGUAG